CGGGGCGGGGGAAGGAAGGUAGCGGGACUCUGCCUCGGCCAUGGCGGAGCGAGGGGCUCCCGGAGGCGGCGGCGGGGGGAGCGGCGGUGGCGGCCAACGGGGCUCGCUGGUCCCUGCCCUCCUCCAGCCUCCGUCCUCGUCCUCCGCCGCCUCUCCUUCGGCGUCUCCGGCUCCUCAGAGCGCCCCGGGGCAGCCUCCGCCGCAGCAGCCGCCCCAGCAACAGCAGCAGCUCCAGGUGCCCGGCGGGUCCUUCGCCCCAGGAGGAGGAGCCGUGGGGGCCCCUCCUGGGGGGGCGGCGACGACCGGGGGCCGCCCGGUGCAGAUGAACCUGUACGCCACCUGGGAGGUGGAUCGGAGCUCGCCCAGCUGCGUGCCCAGGUUGUUCAGUUUGACCUUGAAAAAGCUUAUCAUGCUGAAAGAGAUGGACAAGGAUCUGAACUCAGUGGUGAUUGCAGUGAAACUUCAGGGCUCAAAGAGGAUUUUGAGGUCCAAUGAAAUAGUCUUACCUGUCAGUGGACUUGUAGAAACGGAGCUACAGCUGACCUUCUCGUUACAGUAUCCCCACUUCCUGAAGCGAGACGCUAACAAGCUACAGAUCAUGUUGCAGCGAAGGAAACGGUACAAAAACAGGACCAUCCUGGGCUACAAAACAUUAGCUGUUGGCCUUAUCAACAUGGCUGAGGUGAUGCAGCAUCCGAGUGAAGGGGCCCUAGUUCUUGGACUUCACAGCAAUGUGAAAGAUGUUUCUGUUCCAGUUGCUGAAAUUAAAAUCUAUUCUCUGUCCAGCCAGCCAAUAGAUCAUGAAGGGCUUAAAUCCAAGUUAUCUGAUCGAUCUCCGGAUAUUGAUAACUAUUCUGAGGAAGAGGAGGAGAGCUUCUCCUCUGAACAAGAAGGCAGCGAUGACCCCUUGCAUGGACAAGAUUUGUUUUAUGAAGAAGAAGACCUUAGGAAGGUGAAAAAAACUAGAAGGAAACUGACCUCGACUUCUGCAAUUACUCGGCAGCCAAAUAUUAAACAGAAGUUUGUGGCUCUCUUGAAGAGGUUCAAAGUGUCAGACGAGGUUGGCUUUGGUUUGGAGCAUGUUUCCAGGGAGCAGAUCCGGGAAGUGGAGGAGGACCUCGAUGAGCUCUAUGACAGUCUGGAAAUGUACAACCCCAGCGACAGCGGCCCUGAGAUGGAGGAUACAGAGAGCAUCCUCAGCACGCCAAAGCCGAAACUCAAGCCUUUCUUUGAGGGAAUGUCGCAGUCAAGUUCUCAGACUGAAAUCGGAAGCCUUAACAGCAAAGGGAGCCUUGGCAAAGAUGCCACCAGCCCGAUGGAAGCAUCCAUUGGGGACAAAAUGAAACCUAACCGGAGUAAAAAUGCAGAUGACAGCCUCAAUGAAACAGAUACGCUGGAAGGGAAUGAGCAGGAUACAUUUGGAGACUCAAACGCCACCUUAGUCAUCCCAGAAAAAAUCAAGACUCCUAUGAAGACCAGCAAGGGGGAGCUUCAGAGCAUGGCAUCACCCAGCAAAAUGGACAGCGCAACGCACACUCCCCGGCAGAAGCGCAGCACUCCCCUUAAGGAACGCCAGCUUUCAAAGCCCCUCAGUGAAAGGACCAACAGCUCGGACAGCGAAAGGUCACCAGACUUAGGCCAUAGUACACAGAUUCCUCGCAAGGUCUUCUACGACCAGCUGAACCAAAUCCUCGUGUCUGAUGCAGCAUUGCCAGAAAACAUCAUUCUAGUGAAUGCUAUCGACUGGCAGGGCCAGUAUGUAGCAGAUCUUCUUCAGGACCAAAAGAGGCCUGUGGUCUGCACGUGCUCUACCAUCGAAGUGCAAGCCGUCCUCUCUGCAAUUCUCACAAGGAUCCAGCGAUACUGCAACUGUAACUCCUCCAUGCCACGUCCGGUGAAGGUGGUGUCCGUGGGCGGCCAGAGUUACCUCAGCGCCAUCUUAAGGUUUUUUGUGAAGCAGUUGGCCAACAAGACGUCGGAUUGGCUGAGCUACAUGAGGUUCCUCAUCAUCCCGCUAGGUUCUCACCCUGUGGCAAAAUACAUGGGCUGUGUGGACAGCAGAUACGGCAAUAUGUUUCAGGACUCUGCCUGGAGAGAACUUUUCAGUAAAGCAGAGCCUCCUGUUACAGAGCCUUUUGAUGUGGUUGGCCGGAUAACGCAGUACGUGAGUGGAGCGAAUGUCACCCACCAGUUGCCUGUGGCCGAGGCAAUGCUGACUUGCAAACACAAAUUCCAAGAUGAAGAUUCUUACCAGAAGUUCAUCCCUUUCAUCGGGGUGGUUAAAGUGGGCCUCAUUGAAGAUUCUCCUGCGGCUACAGGGGAUGGAGAUGAUUCUCCCGUCAUCAGCCUCACCGUCCCCUCCACCUCUCCCCCGUCUACCUCCGGCCUUGCCAGGGAUGUCACUGCCACGCCUCCAUCAUCUCCCUCUAUGACGAGUGGGCUGGCGGUCAUGGGGUCCCCCAAUAGCCCCUAUGGCGAUGUCAUUGGGCUGCAGGUGGAUUACUGGCUCGCUCAGCCCACCGAAAAGAAGAAGGAAGGAGAGAAGAAGGACGCCAGUUCCAAAAACACGCUCAAGAGUGUCUUCCGCUCCGUGCAGGUGUCGCGCCUUCCCAACAGUGGGGAAGCCCAGCUCUCCGGGACCAUGGCCAUGACCGUUGUCACCAAAGAGAAGAAUAAGAAAGUUCCCACAAUUUUUCUGAGCAAGAAACCCAAAGAGAGGGAGGUAGAUUCCAAGAGCCAAAUGAUCGACGGAAUCAGUCGGCUGAUCUGCUCUGCGAAGCAGCAGCAAACCAUGCUGAAAGUUUCCAUUGAUGGUGUGGAGUGGAGUGACAUCAAGUUUUUCCAGUUAGCUGCCCAGUGGCCCACUCAUGUGAAACACUUCCCUGUCGGACUUUUUGGCUCCAAGCCAGCCUGAUGAUGGCAGCGUGGCAGCCCCCUCCUGUGUCCUCAUCGCUCCACUGCAACGUGGCGUCACGUCUAUCCGAACCAUCACCCAAACCAGCGCUGUCCCGUGGUCACUUCACCCGUGUCGCAUUGCUGUGUGUCAAUCUGGUCUCACCAGUGGGGACCAGGCUCUGGUGCCAACAGAGAUGCUACGUUUUUGCCUCCAGCCCAGGAGCUGCCGCCGUCUGCUUUCUCAUGUUUGCCACCACGUCGUGUUCUGGGUGUCUGGCCUCCGCUUGGGUCAAGCGAAUUGUGUCUUGGGAACGGACCCCAAAGGCUUGGAUUGUACCAAUCACACACUCCCUCCCUUGAGCUGGUGCAUCCUCCAUGUCUUCCUGAAGAAUGUCUUAGAGAACUUGCGGUCCAUCAAAAAGUCUGCCUUUGAACGCCGUCAUUCUUGUUCUGCAUUAUAGCUUUGCUGAGCCAUGGGAGAGCUACACUGAGCGCGUGCGUUCUCUCUCUCACUCUCACCCUCUCUCAAAGUUCUCCUUUUCAGAUUCAGCCUUUCCAGAAGCACAAAGCUGCAGAGGCCACGAUGGCAGUUCUAUUUCUCAAACUCAACUCUGGCUUGACCUUGCUGUGAGCAGGCUAGGCCUUUUUCCCCAUCCUCCACCCCCCUCCUUGUGCUACUACUGCUGGAUAAAGCAAUACCAGGCUGGGGGAAGAAGCCUUAACAUUCAUACGAGGUUUUCCACACUUCACCUGGGUGAGAAGAAAAGCUGAAGAUUUAGGAUGGGAAGUCAGACCUCUCUAGCAGAACUGCCUAUCGAGAACUGUUAUACACUUAUAAUAAUCCUUUCUUGCAAUACUUCGUAAACUGAGCAAUUGAGAUAACUAAUUCUUCCCUGCAAAGCGCUGGUUUUUUUAAAAAAAGAUCCUUGAGGAGUGAGUGUGGCCCAGUAUCUAUCCACCAGCCUCUUGCAGGCAUUAUUUAAUGGGGGGGGGCAUCUACUUUGCAGGAAAAGGUCCCCUUUCACUAGUAUUCACUAGUAUGCUAGUAUUUCACUAGCAUUACAGUGGGGUGUGGGGUGGGGAGAUUGUCUACCACUUUGGGCGGAGGGAUAGCUCCAGUUAACGGAUGAGCAGUAUAACUUGUGCUUAGUGGUACUGCUGAGGGUUGAGACCCAUGCAAGCUCUCAGCCUGCAGCUUUCCCCCCUUCACUCUUGAGGCAGCCUGCUGUGAUGCAUCCACCCCGCAAGGAUGCUUUCGUCCACCUCUCCACAGAAACUACAGUCUCUUUGUCACAGCCGUUUCUGAGGUGGAGAGGAGAAGGGGAACACCCCGGCAGCCUGUCCCGUCUUUUCAACAUGUUUUUUAAAAAGCAGGUUUGUGCUGUGGCUCCUCUGGGGGCCGUCUGUGCCAUACCAGAUGUUGCAGACCUUGCCAAACAAUCCCUCUUCCAAAGUGUCUGCUGCCAUUCAGGAGCGAGCAGCCUUUGUCCACCAAAUUCCCCGUUAAGGAAGCGGACUGAAUAUCAGCACUGGGUUUUGGACCCUCAGCCUCGUGAUGGCCUGCUAGUGGUUCAGGGCUGCAGAACGGCAGGUGUUUUGAAGCAGGUGGGUCAGGUGGGGGCUGCUUCUCUGUAGCAUGCCUGUACUUUGAAGGGCAUUUUUGUGUGUGUGUGGUGAGAGCUCUUUCCCCCAGAUGCUUUCUCUCCCCUGCCCAUAUCUAAGCAUCGCUCCUGUUUGUCACUUAUAGCUCUAGUUUUAGUAAAAACUGAGCAAAAAUGCUCCCUGAAGAUGGUGUGCCAGGAUGCAGAAGGGCAUUCCUGUGCCUACUUGAACUUCCAAACUUUUUGCCAUCAGAUGCCUCCCAUGUCCUAGAUCUGGAGGGCAUGCCAAGAUCUUUCCUACCCUAAACCUGUUUCUGACCAGCAAUUAAGGUGCCGGGGUAGCCUCUGUUAAUGUGCUUUUUGACACCACGAUAUCAGUCCACUUUACUGGCUGAUAAAGCAACUCUGAAACACAGGAGAUGGGAAUGGCUUUGACAGGAAAUGGGUCAUACAGCCCACAGUCGCUUUCCCAGCCGUCCAGUUUCUGUAUCUGCUUGUCUUUUCAGAGGUCCCCAAAUGUGGCUCUGUGUGGUUGGGGUGGAGCCGUGUGUCCCUGAGAAUGAUUUCAUUGGUUUCUGAGGAGUUAGACGGAAGGAGAGAAAACGAAUGAUCAAGAGCAAGGUUCUCUGCUUCCUAGACUAAAAGAGGAGAAUCUCUGCCCUUCUUUUCUUUGUGCUUAUUUCUCCCCAAGGCCACGGCCUUGAGACCGGAUCUUGUCAUGAGCUGUUUGUUGUGACAGAGACAAGAUAUAAGUAUCUCCCUUUGUUUUAUGGCUGGUCGAUCUUUUUCCCUCGGUGAGGGGUCUGGUGGCAGUACAUGACACCACAGACUUCUUUUUAAAAAGAUUCCUUCCCUUGGUUCCUGCUGCCGGGAUUGAAGCUAUAAGGCACAGCUUUGCUUGUCAGACUCCAAUUUUCCCUGGAUCCCAGGGGACAUUCUCAGACCCUCAAGGUGAAAUUGACCUUGUGCAAUUGACUUGUUGUGCUUCUCCCUGAGCUGCAAAUCCGGGGGUGGGGGGGGAUGUUACUAAUCCAGCUGGCCUUGGUGCAUAGGCUAUCUUCUGUCUUGAACUAGAUCCCCUGCCCCCUCCCCGUGUCUGAUUAUUGAAGAAACUCGUCCUAAAACAUUCCAGCAUGUCACUUAUCCCCUGGGGGUUUGGGGCAGCUGCUUCCUUGGCAUGAAAAGUGUGUGUGGUGUGCGCGCGUGCGUGUGGAGCAGAGGGUACUUAAAUAAGCACAACUCUCAAUAUUCUUCACCCCACUUGCUCUGCAGAAAUGUUGUCUUUGCAUAGAAUUUUUCCCCUCCUCUUACCCUCAACAAACAAUUGCUAUUCUUAUCCCCGUUGUUUCAGAGCAAGGGUGGAAGAGAACCCCCCUCCCAUGCCUGUCUGUCCAAAAUCAAGGGGAGGGGAGACAUUCCAAGGCCCAGCGCGAAGCUCAGUUCCUCACCUGCUUCACCACACAGCCAGCACCCGGGACUCCUUGGCACUUUGCCACGGGCCAGGGUGGUGGUGUCCUCGGGCCUCUUCUUUUCCCUGUCCCAAUUUGAUGGGUUUUUGUUUUGAGAGCAGAUCUCUUUACUUCACGCCUGCACACGUUCUGGUCUACUUUGAACCAAAUGCUGCCCACCAACUUUGCCUGGCAGCCCACCUGAAGUGCGAGAAGCCUUUUUUUCUUUGGCUGUGGCUUGUUGGGGGCUGCAAAAAUGGAUGUCGGGCAUCUGCCAAGAUGCAAUUCAUGCCUGGCAGUUCAGAUUACCAUCUGGGUAGUGGUGGGGGGGGCGGUGAGAGUGCUUGCCGUGAAUGGCCAGCAACCAGUAGACUUUUCAUUUACCAAGGCUGAGGUCUCGCCAGCUCCUCGGGGUUGCUUUAGCCUUUGGCCAGCCUGUGUCUUCACCCUCAUUUCAGCCUCCUGCAGAAGUACAGACAAGCCCCCCCCCCCCCGGCCAUGUGCUCAUUUAUCCAGCUCAGAGCAGGGCCGCCUCACGUGUGUUUGCUGUGCUGCCUACACUCUUUGUGUCUCUGUAGCCUGGCUGUUUAAAUCCAUGCUUUUGUGGUCUCACAGUUGGAAUCAAGAGUCCUGCUUAAAGUCUUUGUCCUGUUACAGUUUAUGAACUACUCACAAGUCUGAGGACCGGCCUCAGCUGGCUUGUCUUUCUCUUCCUUUCACGUUAGAUUUUCCAGCCUUAGCCCCCCACCCCCACCUUGCAGCUCACAGGGGAGGUUUUUAAAAAAACAACGGCCUGAAGAGCUCUGAUGCAGCCACCCUGCAGCUGUUUGCUUUGGGCAUGUGUGCCUGCGCAACUGUCCUCCCUGCCCCAAACCCUUCACACGCUGUUACGUUUGUGGAAUACAAAGGUCCGGACACCAGAAAUGAAUUCUCUUGCUGCCAUCACAGCCCUUUGGAGGCGGAUGACCUAGAACAAUGCAGAUGCGCCUUCUGGGAAAGAAGGGAGGCUCGAGUGACUGGACCAAUGUCUCUCCCGUCCCAUUCCAGUUCACGCUUCAUGUCUAGCGGAGUAAGCCUUGGGCUUCAGGUAGCCUCUGUGAGGGGCGUGGUCUAGAAGCAGGGGUCCGUGACUUGGCGCCCGAGUCGAGACCACUCCAGGAGCCACGUCGAAGCCCGUGCCCUGUUCCCAGCACCUCCAUGCCUGCCACAUGAAAGAUCCUACCAAAGAGGAAAUGACACCCGUGGGGGGUGGGGGGGCAGCUCAGUGGGAGACGCCCGCGAGGACUCUGCAAGAGCUUUGUCCACUGCUUUUGCACAUCCCAAGCACUCCCCGCCUCACUCGUUUUCUGACGUCUUUGACUGUUACAGUAUGUGGGUCCAUGCCAGGGCCGUUGUGUCUCCUGUUUUGCUGUGUGGAUUUUGCACAUUCUGGAACGUUAUUCAUCUGAUUCAGAUUAUCUGGAUUUUCUGUGUUUCAGCCACUGUACAUAAAUAUGAGUUUUGUAUAUAAUCUCAUUUUUUGUAACUGUGUUUAACUUUUUUUUUCCUUUUUGUUUUGGAUUGCUGGCCCAAAACAUGCCACAUUCAGAAUCUCUGUCUGGGUUUCGAUUUUGGAGCCUUGUUGGUAUUUGACACAUUUUAUUCUGGGGGUCAGUUGUCCCCAUCUCCCUAUUUUUGGAGUUUUUCAUUAAAUAAACUGUGUUUUUUUUCUUAACACU